UACGAAAAUCCCAUUUCUUGGUGGAAGAUGCGCCGCAGGCCGCUCCUGCCUACGCUUGGUGCGGCCCGUUCGAUGCGUCGGCCCUUCUCGACAAGCGUCGUGUGCUGUCUGGCAGUGCAUGUUAUCGGGUGGAGCUCAGAAGGGGUUAAUGCAACUGAUGUUGCUCGUCACCACGGCGGUGGUGCAAUGCAGUGCCCCAUGGAGAAGUGGAUGAGUCCGUUGCCUGAUGCAACCACAUGCCUCCAACGACCUACAAGGUCCCCGACGCCAUCCCACCAAGGCACUCACGACACCAAUUGGCUGCUGCAAAGCUUGACGGAUGUGUCUUCAUUGUUUACCAACACGACGCUGUUCGAUGUCCUCAGCCAACCCACCGAUUGGGUUGAAAUCCAAGUAUGUUUUACGGCGUGCGUCAUCGACACAUGGAAAGCUGUGGUCGCAUGGAUCUAUCUCGCUAAGUUGUUGUCGAUUCCAGUGCUGACAGGGCUUCUCAUGGUGAUGGAAGCCCUGAUGCCGCAUACUCGCUCGCUCGUCCACUCAGCGUACCUGACGUUCCGCUCGUUGGACCCCGUUCAUCAAGCCACCGCUGUUGUUAUCACCCUCGGUGUGCUUAUAACGUGGCGCAAAGGAUAUUUUGCGCGUGUGCGAAUGGCAUGGAAACGGGUCAAGCUACGAUGGCGGCAAGCUCAGCGAAAUUUCCGGCUGCAAGUCGCAGCCAAAUCGAAAGUCGCCGCGUACAUUCUCCCCCACGCCAUCUACGCGAUGCUCUGUCACGUCAUUGCGACUCUUUCCCCCGCCCCCGUUCUCGCCCUCCUCUCUCACGAAGUGAUCCUGGUCUGGCUCGCAACGAUCUACCCCAUCAUGAUGUCCAUCCGGGCCGUGAGGACCCAUCGGUAUACCGAUGACCCCGCCGCCGUUUACUUUGAGCGAUCUCUUCGCUACUGGAUCUUGUGGGCGUUUUACCUGACCAGUCACUCUAUCGCGACUACCCUCGUGCCUCACUUCAUUGUUUUCUACUUCAAGCCGUCAAUUCUUCGCAUCAACUUUCUCCUCAACUGGUUGCAUCACAUGCACGGAACUCGAGUGCUCUUGGGCUUUGCGGUCAACUAUGUGUUUCCACAUGGCGCCACGUCUGGUUUCUCCCCGACCCGCUCGAUGUCUGUCAUCGCGGCCCCGCCUGCGCACGCUGGCAUCGUAUUCCGCACCUUGACUGCCGUUGGGCUCAUCUCAACCCGCACUGCCAACAUCAUGCGCGACGUGAUGGCUCAGGGUCCUGCCAUAUUUGGACUGGUCUUCCUCGUCACGCCCGGCUUUCUGACGAAAGUCGGCUGCGAUGCAGUUGCCCUCGCGUUUCCAGCUUACGUUGUACUCGGUACGUUGGCGCGACACCAACGCCGCACGCACGAAUGGUGGGUGUGCUACUUCGUAGUUGUGGCCAUCGUCGAGUACUUGUUCGACGCGAUGAGCGGUGUGCUGUGGUGGGUGCCGUUUGUAUACCACAUCAAACUGGUCGGAAUGCUGUGGCUCCAGUUUCCAUAUUUUCGCGGGGCGCAGACGCUGUUCGACUUGUGCUUUCACAGCGUCCUGAUUGACCCAAGGCGGGCCGCGACUCCUCCUCUGGAACGAAUAGAUCAUGCCGAUGGUCCCACCGAAGCACGCACAUCAAGCCAUAUCGAAGUGUCAUAGUAGCUGUGAGCAGUCUGUGUGGCUCGAGCACUUUUGUGCUUCAUGGACUGAGCGGUCGUAUUUUGGUCACGGCUUCGUCAGAAGUAGCGUCGAGACGUGUCAGAAACUUAAAAACGUAUGUCAUUAGGGCUGUUCCGCCAGAGAAUGCCAGCUCUAGUUCUGCUGGUUCAUGAGGGAAUUGAUUUGCUUCAACUCGAGAAGCAACUGUUCCAUGUCAUGGUGCAUUUGUUGCGUGUCUGCAUGCUUUCCCAAGGCCGACAUUUCUGCAAUAUAUUUCUUGCGC